AUGAACAUUACGGCUGCCUAUCGCUUACUUUGUAUUGUUUUCUUCAUUUGGUUUGUGUUCAAUAUUUGUGUGAAUUAUUAUGUCUACAUAUUUUUAUUAAUAAUUCUGAAAUUAACAUUUAUUUUCUUGGAGCAAAACUAUAAAAAGCUGUUACCCGUUCAAAAAAAAUGUGUUCUCAUUACUGGAUGUGAUACAGGUUUUGGACAUCAUUUGGCCAACCGACUAGCGGAUGGUGGUUUCAAUGUAUUUGCCACUGUUUGGAAAGCCGAUAGCGCUGGAGCUAAUAAACUUAAAAAAAGAAAGUCAAAUGUGCACGUAAUUCAGAUGGAUGUCACCAAAAUAAACGAAAUAAAAGCUGCUGUUUCUUUCGUGAAUACCAAAACUAAACAAAAAGGCUUAUGGGGUGUAGUAAACAAUGCCGGAUUCAACAUAUAUGGAGAUGUGGAAAUAUGUACCAUGGAUCAUUAUAGAGCUGUAUUAGAUGUAAACCUGUAUGGAAUGAUAUCGGUUACUAAGGCAUUCUUACCACAGAUCAGGAAAAACCAAGGUCGAAUAGUGAAUGUUUCUAGUGUAAUGGCGCGACUUAACUACCCAGGUAACACAAACUACCAAAUAUCAAAACAUGGAGUGGAAACAAUGAGUGACUCUUUGAGACUUGAGAUGAUUAAGUUUGGCGUUGGAGUGUCUAUAAUAGAACCUGGGGAGUAUGAUGCGGCAACGUCCUGCAGCAGUACAGAAAUGUGCAAGAGAGUGAAGGCAGAUUGUGAACAGAUGUGGGAUAAAGCAUCAGAGGAGGUUAAAGCGGUAUAUGGGAAAGACUACUUCUAUCUACCAUAUGAAAACAUGAGGCAAUACGGGGAGACCGGUUCAUCAUCUACCCCUAACCCAGUCUUAAACGCAAUUGAAGAUGCUUUAUUAAAUGUUCACCCUAAGCCACGAUACCUUGUUGAUGGUGGAUGUGGUCUUAUAGACAAAACUGCAAUAAUGGCCAGAAUAGACAGCUUUCUACCAGAAUACAUUAGUGACUUUAUUUGGAGUAGCAGAACUGGGUGUUAUAAAUCACCACGUGAUCAGUCUGUUUGAAAAUGCAAGACAAUACAUAUACAUCAAUUGAAAUAUAUUUAACAUAAGUUAACAAUAAAAUUCAUACAUUUUUCAA